CACAGUGUGAAAGAAGGGGGAGGAAUUGGGGUGCUGUAUAAGUGACAGCAAAGGAAGAAGGACAAGGGAGCGCACACCCAUGAGCUGUACUGAGAAGUUUUCUCAGUCCUCCAAUCGCCGCCUUGUUCAGGCUCCUCGCGACGGCCCGCCCUAGAAACAGUUAAUGAACCGGCUGGUAGCGUGAGCAGGGAAUCGAACCCGCGACUGCCGCCCCGGCUUAAUAAGGCUCCAAAAUCCUGCCGCUGACGUGCUGGCGCGUCGAACGGUCACAAGCCCUCAAUGGACGGCCACGAUCGAAGUGAGGGCGUAGAUUUCGAGACGAUUAUCCUCUCGAAUUUGAACUCUCCAGGGCCCGGCGUGCGUGCAUGUGUGCCGUCGAGGCCAUGUCGAUGAUGCUUGUACUGUUUGUGAUCGGUGACGAGUCUAUUUUUGCUCACGGGCGAGGAUUCGGUUGUCGCUUGACAAGGCGGUUGGCUCUGCAGGCGGCUCGAGUGCUUCAGGCAGUGAGUGAAUGUACUGGUCAGCGUCCCCAGUUUGGAUCAUUUGAGCAUGAUUCCACAUCCUGGGAUCGUCGCGGAGGGUUGGUGAGCCGUCAGUGAUUGUGGGUGUGCGUGGAGAGGGUGAUGGGAAUGAGUCUUCGGGUAGCACUGUAGCUCUGCGAGAUGCGACGUUUUGGAGGUGGCGGGGAGUGCAAGGACGUGCGAGCUCGUGCUCUGCUCGUGUGUUGUAGUUUGCUGUAGUUUACGUUGUAUGCCAGAGUUGCAUUUUGGAGCUUGGAAUUUAUGUGCAGUUUGAGAUGAGCGUGCUUUUUGGGGUUGUUGUUGUGUGGAAUUCAGAUAUUUGGAGGCUGAGAGAGAGAAAGAGAGUGAGAGAGAGUAAUUGUGAGUUCGUCUGGAUGAGCUCGUCAUUGUGAGUUCUUGGCAUUCUUGGAAUUUUAUUUGUCUAUUUCGAUUCUUCAUCAGGCGUCGGGGCACUUGACUCGAGGAUUUUUAUCGUAAUUCCGUUUUCAUUACUGGACGUUUGAGCGAUUGCGGCUAGAGUGAGAAAUUGUCCAAAAAGCAUCGCGUAUCGCUCACCUGGUGGUGGUGUCUGAGCAGGAGAUGGAAACCUCGCUUUUCAUUGGCAUUGGAAUCUAAUCGUGAGAGAAAAUUUGAGGGUUGUGAAGGGGGAGGUUUACUGGCCAGAUUUUUCAGGCGUUACAUAAGUACUGAACCAAUCCCCUUCUCUUUCUCCGCUGCCUACAUUGUUGUGAUCGCUAUAAAGUUUUGAGAAGUGAUCAGACCCAUGGCUAUUUCUUUACUUGUUCCCCGCAACUCCAGGGGCUAGACGCGAGCUGCGUACGACGAAUGACCUCAAUUUAGUUUCUCUGAGUUCCUCCACAGUGCACCCUUAACUGUAUCGUGCUCUACCUCAACAUACAGCGCAGGAUAUUGCGAAGUUAUCUUGACAUUGUAAUUGACAGGAUGAUGCCGUAGACUUGAGGAAAUUUACAUGGAUGCCCUAUCUUUCUUUUUGAGUUGAUUUGAUCCUCUGCGUCUGAGUAAGGAGCGAUUGCUUCACGGAGAGUUGCGAAAGACGAUUAAUUAUUUUUGCAGUCACCUCUUAGUAGCAUUCAAAUAGUUUUUUUCUGAUCUUUGAGUGAAGCCUCAAGAUUUCUUAUGUGCGAUGGUUGAUGAAUCCAACCAACACGCGAACAAUUGCGGUAGUGUAAGGAAUUCGUUUUCUGAGAGCGCGAAAAUGAUUAGUGGGUACAUUUUAACCAAUUGUAAUACCAGCUGCCAUCUUCAAGUAUGCAAUGACAGAAUUUAUCGGCGAGUAUUGGAAAAACUGGGUAUUUGAUCACUGGUUGCGUAGUGUUCCUCUGAUCAAGAUGAUGCAGUGUGCGGUGACUCGUCGAAGAAUGACAAGUCGGAGGAAAGCUAACCUGGUUCAUGACCCUCGAGCUCCCGGGUUGGCUACUCUCAUCACUGUUGCAGACCAGCAGAAAGAGCUGUGUGAAGCCUCCCAAUCAGAAUCAAUAUGGUCUUCAUCCCUUGAUGCAAGUGUUUUCGGUAAAGUAACAGCGAAUGUACCUGGGACCCGAGGGGAUGGCCAUGGAAAGGAGGGAUACGGAGAAGGGUGCCUAAGUUCUGGCCCUCUGCAAAUGGUGGGUCUUGUGAACAAUUCGAGGCAUCAUCCCUAUUCCAAAGUAGCUGAGAUUAGAGAGGCCCGUCGAGCAUCUACAGACCGAAACGUUGUCACUCGAAAGCACAUUGCAGCCCCAGCCUCAUUUACAUUCUCGCCUUUUGGUAGGCAGCGAGUUGUCCCCGAGAAGCUGACCGCGGACGAUGCAAGCGGCAAAUUUGCGUACAUUUCUUUGGACGGACGCCUUGUCAAUGCGGAAUUGGCUACCAGUGCGAUCAACAUUGGAGGAGACUUAGGAGCCGAGGAAGCCCAAGCUUGGGAGGAUUUCGCACCCAUGUACCGCGUUUUGAUUGUCGCUUUGUCUGCGGCUGCCGCUUCAGCAGCCAAGGAUAAGAACAGUGUAGAGAUUCAAAGUUUGCUGAAGAUGGUGACUGAGCAGGAGAAGGAACUCGUUAUCCUUAGGCAGCAGCUUAGUGAUCAGUUAAGCUUCCAAUCCAUUACAAAUUGCAACAGUCUCCCUACUAAAAUUGGAGAGACUUUUCAAGGCUUGAAGAAACUUGAGCAUCCCGAAGUGGGUGACGAGGGGUGUUUGAAAUUUGGUGACACAGACAAGAGUGUGAAUGUGGAAAUCAUAGAACGAGCAGAUGUGAACAAUCCGAUAGAAUUGAGAAUCAAGUUACGCACACAAUUGGACCUGGGCCUAAAACUUGAUAUGGUAUCAGAGGACAGUUAUUCAUCUAGAGGUGAUGCUAAGAACAAUAAUUUGAUAGUUGAGACUCCUUCUAGAUAUGAGCUGACCAACGAAUACGAUUUUCGUUCGGUGCAUGGAAGUACUUCGUCACUCGAAAAAUGUGCUGAGAGCGAGGCGAAAUGGUAUGUUAACCCUAUGGUCGAUGCAGCAGAGGACUACUACGACAUGUGUACUCCUGAGAGAGUCAACUCGAUAUUCGCUGCAUGUACUCCUCUUAGAGAGAUUCGAGGGUCUUAUGAAUGGACGACCUUUCACUCAUCACUCAAGGCCAGGAACUUGUUGAAUUCAGACUUUAAAAUGCCACCUCUAGCAGAAGUUACGCCUGCCUCGCCCUUGAAGGUCAUCCCAUGCCGACUAUCUAAGGAGUCCGUUACACCUGUUUCAGACAACACGUGUGUAGAUGAGGAAGUGUCUGCAUUGCGAGUAGAGUGCGCUGGUGCAAUGCUCAAAUUGAAGACGAAAGUUAUGACGACCUUGAAGAAGGAAGCAGCAAGAUGCAUAUCAGAGCGAAGUGUUAGUUCAACCGAGGUAAAAAUUAUAGUUGCCGCGUUGCUAUCCGCGGUUGCUGGAUGUUGGCGAGAUACGGUACCGCAAGCAUUGGCGGCACUUGGUCUCUCUCCAUCCGAAUACAACAGUUGUCUCGUAAAGAAUACACAGCGAAAGAAUCCAGCUGUGUCAGAAUGUGCCGAAGACGCUCUCGGUUGGAUACAGUUCUUGGAGGAGCAUGAUCUUAAUGAUCAAGAUGCCGAACAACAAUCUAAUCGAGUAGCAGCAUUGUGCUUAUGUGCUUCUAAUUUUGAGCAACUUAGUACGUGUAAGUCCUCUGAAGACAAUGGGCAAGAUGAAUCACCCGAAGAGGAAGUCACUAGUCUCUAUUCCUGUGCUCCCGAAGAAUCCUCCAGUUCAUUUGAAAUUGCCGCAAAAGAGGUACAAGUCGCAUUCGAUAGACGGUGCAGUGAUUUGCAUUCAGAGAAUUCGUCAGAGUCGUUCGAUAAGUUCGUGAGUUGCUGGGAGAAUCCCUCAGAGUGGUUGAAGAACGCAUCAGCUCAAGUAGUAGACAUGGAGAUGCAACUGAAAAGGUUGCAGAAUGAUGUCGUCGGAUAUGAAACAGAGCGGGACGUGGAGAAUCAGGCAAAACCUCCUUGCGAGGUCGUAGAGUUGGAAGCGCGACUGCAGCUGAAUGAGUCUCCUGCUGACCAAUUUACAGAGCCUCCUCAGUUUAACGUAGUCACAUUCGCAUUGGAGCAAACUAAUGAGGGUAAUGCAGUGGAUCUUGCCGAGCUGAGACAAGAACUUCAAAGGAAAGAAUCAGUAAUUGCAGAAUUGACGAGUGAGGUAGAGUCGAAAGAGAUUCUAAUCGCCAGAAUGGAGCGAAAUCACUGGGAGCAUAUCCAAGCUGAAAUUGGGGAAAUUACACGACAACUGAAGGCAAAAGAAAACAAAAUAAUAGAGUUGACUAAUGAUGCUAAGAUGAAAGAACUUGAAGUCGCAGACCUAGAGCGAAAUUUAAAGGCCAAAAUGCACUUGGAUGUGGCGGAGAUGACAUCACACAUUCAGUUAAUAGAAGCUAAAUUUUUGGAAUUAACAUCGAAGCUCCACUCGAAAGACGUCGAAAUCGCGGACCUUGAGCAAAACCAGAAGAUCGUCCUCACAGCGAAAGAUCAAGAGUUGUCUGCAUUGCGUGAGGAAUGCCUUCGUAGUGACGCUCAUCUUGACGAAGUUAUUUCCGCUGCACAGACAACCGAGCUUGAAAAUUUAGAUAGAAUAUCAAAUUUAGAGGAUCUGUGUAGGCUCAAGGACUACAAAAUUUCUGAACUUAAACAGGAACUGCUUGCCCUCCAAGCUAAAAUUAACGCAUCCAAUCCAUUACAAUCGCCAGCCAUGCUUCGAGGCCCGCGAAGCUUCAUGUACAAUAGCUCCGCUCUCAUUAAUGAAUGCGAGGUGGCCUCAAGUGACUCACAUGAACAGGACCUUUCACCUCCGAUUAUGCAUAGGCAUGUCCUUCGGCAUUUUGAGGAUCUUCAGGUUACAACUUCUAGUAAAGCUGAACUUUCUCUACCUCAUGUGGAGGUUUCAGAUGAUAACACGUUAGCCCAUGAAUUGUAUCAUGAACGACGUAGCACACCACCAUCUCCAUCAAGCGACGAAGAAGAAGACUCUACAGAUGCUAAGGACUCUGGCCCAGAUCUCUUAGAUGACAAGGAGAAUCAAAUUCGGACUGACCAACGCAAGCUUUACGUUAGCAAGAGUUCGUUAAAUUCAACGAACAGAUUACAAACUCUAAAGCCGAGUAAUUUCAACAAUAUGACUACGAAACCUAGAAGAGCAGACCCUAGCCGAACAUCAACAGCAACUGGCGUUCAACCGGGUCCAAAUCGAGUGCGAGCCAGUAUGACCUUCACGUCUGCAACAAAUUCGAAGGGUGGAAUGAGACACUCGUCCAAGAGCGUUGAUAACCCUGUACUGCUUAACAAGCCAACAAAACUUAGGAGAAAGGUAAUUAUCAGCCCACGAAGAGUUGCCCAAGUUGGCUUGAAGGUGGUCACUUCUAUGCCAUCCAACACUUAUGUCAACAGCAUGAAAGUCUCGACAGACCAGAGAAGUGACGUCAACCCUCUUGUUGGCAAUGGAGUCGGCAGAUCGAAAGAAAACUUUGCCAUAAAACGUAGACGAUGGGCAGCUUGAAACUCAACCACUGUAAUGGUAGUAAUGAGUGACCCAUGAAAUGUUUUAAAACCUCGUUAUCGCUGCCCAUUUAGAACGCCCAUGUACACAACUGUUAAAUUUUGAUUCCAUGGUAAUGCAUUACCGGCUAUAAUCUUGCAAGCAUCA